AUGACAAUGAUCCUCCCGGUGGGACCAUACUUCGAGUCCCGAGCUCAUAUACAUCUUUUGGAAGCGAAGAAUCACACCACGACGCACGAGGAAAUAAUGGCGAUACAGCGACGUUCCGUAUUGCGUGAUGAAAAGUGCCUCUUUCCCGUACGGAACGAUGGGAAACUGCCUGUCGACGAAUGGAGACUCACAGAGCUGGCGAUUCCCAGCCUGGGAAAAGGCAUCAAGUCGUGCCCUGCAGCCGGGGAACAUCCUCGGUAUUUUGUCGCCGCGGUUUGGGCCCUCCUUCUCUGGCGCUUUGCCGAGGUGGACACAGUGCAAAUGGGAUUGAAAGAGAUACCGGCAACGGCUGAGAAGGAUAUACUAGAUGCAGGGCUAAAGAAGGGAAUGAAAGUGCUGGCCGCAUCGCGGAGACGGAUCGCACUGCUGAACGAGCUGUUCCAAGAGGACACUUGGUCGAUUUCGGAUGCAGAUCCAACGCGAUACUCUUACUUUGAUACUGGUAUUGUGCUAUGCCGCGGAAACUCGCAGGACUGCCUGAGGAAGACCCGUCUUCCCAUUCAACUGCUCAAAACAAACGAAGAGGCUUGCAAUGUGAUGUUAGUCCUAGAACUCGAUUUUGACUCCAAUUGGCGAAAGUGCUUUCUUGCAUAUAAAUCAACCGUCCUGACCGAUGGACAGGCAGCCCAUCUGGCGUCUUCUUUCGAAGCAGCCGUCAAGCUUGCCAUGGCGGGGGGAGAUAUUGCUCUGAAUGAGGUGUCCUUGACGAGCCGGGCGCAGUUGGACCAGAUCGGGAAAUGGAAUAACACUGCUUUAGUCCAGCCUACCUUCCGGACGAUGUACAAAGUCAUCCGUGAGCGAGCCACGGAGCGACGUCACCAUCCGGCAGUCAUCGCGCCAGAUGGCGCGCUCUCAUACAGUCAGCUUGAGACAUUCUCCCUCAGGUUGGCGUUUCACCUGCGAAAAUCUGGUGUAAAGCCCGGUGAUCUGAUACCCGUGUGCUUUGGCAAAUCUUUAUGGGCAAUUGUGGCCAUGCUCGCAAUCAACAAGGUCGGAGCUGCCUUCGUACCAUUGGAUCCGUCGCAGCCAGCAAAUCGACUCAAAUCAAUCACGAGGCAGCUAGAUGCCUCCUUGGGGCUUACAUCGCUGCAGAAUCAAAGCCUGGCAGAGGGUCUUAUCACUACUAUCCUGGUUGUUUCAGAGACCACUGUGUCGGAGCUGGCGGACGUUCAUCACGAAAGCUUCCUGCCAGAGACCGACCCGCAGGAACCAGCGUAUUGUCUAUUCACUUCUGGAAGUACUGGAGGACCCAAGGGAUGCGUGGUAGAUCACGCAGCCCUGGCCAGCGUCGCGACCCAUUGCCACGCACUACAUCUCGGACCGACAAACCGGGUGCUGCAGUUCGCAUCCUUCAGUUUCGGGGUGUCUCUGAUUGAAGUCUGGUGCACACUCGCAGCAGGAGGUACUGUGUGUCUUCCGUCCGACUCAGACCGCGUGAGCCAUCUAGCCGAUGCGAUCCGAUCCAUGGGCGUAGACUGGUCCAUCAUGACCCCUACCGUACUCGCCACUCUGGAGCCGGAUGCGGUGCCGGAUUUACAGACCAUUAUUGUCGCUGGAGAGCCACUAAAAAAAGCCCAAAUAUCCCUUUGGGCUGAGCGUACGCGCUUGUUCCAAGCGUAUGGGUUCACAGAAUGGGCAGGAAUCUGCUGCGUGUCGCCGCAGAUCAGGUCUAUCGGGGACAUCGGCAUCAUUGGGACGCCUGCCAAUGCUCGAUGUUGGCUCACCGAACCGGGUAACCCGAACCAGCUUGCCCCCAUUGGUGCCGUUGCGGAACUGGUUGUGGAAGGGCCAAGUCUCGCUCAGGGCUACUUGCAUAACGCCGAGAAGACGGCGGCAAGCUUUAUCCCGCCGCCGCGCUGGCGGGCACAGUACGGACAAGCCGACGGCAAGCAGUUCUAUACCACUGGUGACCUUGCCUACUAUGAUUCGAGCGGGAUGCUGCGAUAUGUUAGUCGAAAAGACCGGCAGGUCAAGAUCCGUGGGCAACGGAUAGACUUGGCUGAGCCGGAAUAUCAUAUUGCGCAAGCUGGCUGCACGAUCCGCAACGUGGUGCUUGAUGCCAUCGUUCCCGCAGACGGAGACGGUGCGGCCAUCCUAGUUGCCUUCGUUCUUCCUUCACGGCAUGAUGGUUCCAGCAAUGGAGGGCACGGUUCCCGACCGUUGUUUGCGGUACCGGAUGGACACUUCGCAUCCGCAGUCCGACAGCUGACUUCGACCUUGGAAGAGAAGCUUCCGGAUUACAUGAUCCCGCGGCUAUUUCUGCAGCUCAACGAGAUGCCCCUCACGGUCACAGGCAAGAUUGCCCGGCAGAAGCUGCGGGAAGCGGCUGAGGCGCUGCGGCACGAUGAGCUGGUGACCUUAGCAGGGCUUGAAACCAGUGUCCUCCAGCCGAAUACGCAGAAUGAGGCGCUGAUCCACCAGCUGGUAGUGGAACUUUUACAUCUGGCGCCGGAGAUGGUCGGCAUGAACCACAAUUUCUUCUCGCUUGGUGGGGACUCGGUGAGUGCAAUGAAAAUGGUGAGUCUGGCGAAAGCCGUCGGGCUCCGUUUCACGGUGAAGGAUGUUUUUCGCUCGCCACGACUCGGUGAUUUAGCUCGUUUGACAGAGAUGGCCAGUUCAGGGGUCUCACGACAUAUUCAGCCCUUUUCUUUGCUGGAUCGCGGUUCAGAGCCUGGUCUCCUCUCAAUUGCAGCUCGGAUAUGCCAGGUUGAAAGCAGCAUGAUCCAGGAUAUCUAUCCCUGCACGCCACUGCAGGAAGGGAUGAUGACACUGUCAGCAGCGAAGGCGGGGAGCUACAUUGCUCGUUUUGUUUACCGUCUGCAGGGACAUGUCGAUCCUGAUCGCUUCCGCAAAGCGUGGGAGAUCACUGUCGAGUCAACUCCAAUCCUCCGUACCAGAAUCAUGUCAGCCUCUGAUGGUCGGAUGUACCAGGUUGUCAUCCAAGAGAAGUUUCAGUGGGAUGGUGAUGGGCAGCACUGGGAUCAGUACGUCCACGAAUGCCAGGACCGAAGCAUACUGCUUGGAAAGCCCUUGACGCACGCAACUCUCGUCCGUGGCUCAAAUGGGUCGUUGUCCACCUUUUUCGUUCUGACCAUGCACCACUCUGUCUGUGAUCGUUGGUCUGCCGGGUUGUUGAUGGACCGCGUUGAGGCCGCCUACGCAGGCCAAAAAUUGACCACGAACACCAUGAGCCCGUUCUUGCAGUAUAUCAACCAGCUCCAGGGAGCAGAUGAGUACUGGAGGUCCCAGUUUGUAGGGGUGGAGGCGGAGGUGUUUCCUUCUCUCCCGUCCCCGGAAUAUACGCCAACGCCCACGGAGAUGAUUGAUCUAUCAAUCGAAUUACAGGACGCGGUUCCGGGAGGCCACACACUAUCUAAUGCAACUAGGCUAGCAUGGGCUUUGGUGAUAAGUCACUAUACAUGCUCCGUAGAUGUGGUUUUCGGUGUCACGAUUUCUGGACGUGCCGCCCCGGUGCCCAACAUCGAACGCAUGAUCGGUCCCGUUAUAGCCACAGUUCCUCUGCGGGUGCAGCUGAAAGAAAACCAUACCGUUCUGGAAGCACUGAAAGCCAUCCAGGACCAGUCGAUGGACAUGAUCCCGUUUGAGCAAUUGGGUCUCCGACAGAUUCGGAAGCUGAGCCAAGAGGCGGAAGAAGCUUGCAACUUCCAGAGCCAGCUGGUCGUACAGCCGGCCUGGGGUGACGAGAACCGAAGCCUAUGGACAAUGUGCGAGGCCGGUGCAGCCGCAGAGGGUGGCUUCGCGGCGUACGCGCUCUCGAUGAUCUGUCAGCUGGUGGGAUCGAGUCAGAUGGAUGUGAGGGCAGAGUUCGAUCCAAAAGUCAUCCAGGUCUCUAUGAUGGAGCGAAUCGUUUGCCACUUCAAGCACACCCUGCAAUACCUUCUGGCACAUUCCGAUGCUAGUUUAGCGGAUAUUCCAGUGGUCAGUCCUGGGGAUAUGCAGUUACUGCGCCAAUGGAACGGCAGCGUGCCCCCCGGCUGUAACCAAUGUGUGCAUGAAAUUAUACAGCAGCGCCGGACCGAUCGUCCUACUGCCACCGCCGUGUGGGCUUGGGAUGGCAAGUUGACGUACGCAAGACUGGACGAGCUGUCUGAUCGCCUAGCCGUACACCUGGCCACCCAAGGGGUGAAAUCUGAAGUCGUCGUGCCCGUCUUAAUGGAGAAGUCAUACUGGACCACCGUCGCCAUGCUGGGGAUCAGCAAGGCUGGCGGUGCAUUUGCCCUUCUAGACCCGUCUCAACCGGAACAAAGAUUGCAGAGUAUCUGCCGCCAGAUCAGCCCGGCUGUGAUCUUGACAUCUGAGGAGAAUCGCGAUCUGGCUGACAGGCUUGCAUCCCAUCCCAUUAUAUUGAGUCUACAAAACUCCCGCCGCUGGGCUUAUAGACCAGUGAGACCGGUACCGGCUACUGUCAGGCCAGAAAACGCGUUAUAUGUUGCCUUCACCUCGGGCUCCACUGGGACACCCAAGGGGGUGGUAAUUGAACAUCGAUCAUUUUGCUCCAGCGCACUGGCGCUGAACAAAACCACCCAUGUCAACAGCGAAUCUAGAAUGCUGCAAUUUGCCGGCUAUUCUUUCGACGGCAGUAUAAUGGAGACGCUCAGCGCUCUGAUGGCAGGUGCGUGUGUUUGUGUGCCCUCAGACUUUCAACGUCGGAAUGAGUUGGUGGAAGCUGCGAAGCAGUUCAAGCUCACUCAUGCCCAUCUCACUCCGUCUGUGGCACGCCAUCUCUUAAGGAGUAAUCCUGAGUUUACAAAGAUCUUGGUGAGCGUGGGAGAGUCCAUGACACCUUCUGACGUUGCCGACUGGGCGGGUAACGGAAAAUGUAAGGUGAUGAAUGGAUACGGGCCCGCGGAGUGCGCGGUGUCUACCACAAUCCAGGCGGCAGUGACAUCCGCCUCUGACCCAAAAAACAUUGGAUUGCCGUUGGCAGGUGUCUGCUGGGUGGUGCAUCCUGAGAACCAUGAGAUUCUGCUGCCGAUUGGCGCCGUGGGAGAACUUCUGGUCGAAGGGCCCACCCUCGCUCGCGGCUAUCUCAACGAGCCAGGCAAGACAGCCGCCGCAUUUAUCCCGCUACCCGCCUGGAUAAGGGAUAUUCGGCCUGGGCAGCCCCAUGGGCGACUGUACAAGACUGGUGAUUUGGUACGAUACAACGCGGACGGCUCCUUCCAUUAUAUCGGCCGUCGGGACAGUCAAGUCAAGCUACGGGGCCAGCGUAUUGAGUUAGGUGAAGUCGAGAAACACAUCUAUCGAUGCUGGCCCCAGGCUGUCGAAGUCGCCGUCGAGAUGAUCAGCUUCGCUCCUGCUAAGCAAACUCUCGUGGCCUUUGUCGUUACGAAGGAGCAUGGCAAUGGCACUGACGGCGUCUUAGCGGCGCCAACCCAGGAGUUCAUUGGGCAAGUCGCUGCGGCACAGGCCCGGUUGGCCGACGCCAUUCCCGCAUUUAUGGUUCCGGAGAUCUUUCUGCCUCUUCAUGUUAUGCCGCAAAAUGCAUCUGGCAAGACUGAUCGCCGCCGGUUGUCCAGUAUAGCCACGGCCUGCACACGAGAGCAGCUGGCGGCGUACGGCGCCAUCGGAAGGGGUACGAAACGAGAACCCACAUCAGAAGCGGAGCGAGAGAUGCAGGUAAUCUGGGCACAGGUAUUGAAUUUGCCUCUAGCCGAGAUUGGUGUGGAUGAUAGCUUCUAUCAACUAGGAGGCGACUCCAUCACGGCCAUGCAGGUAGUCGCCCAGGCACGGUCGAAGGGUCUCGCCGUGACGAUGGAUAGGAUCCUGCGCCUAAAGACCAUCUCCCAAAUUAUACUCCAUGAGGAUUCAUUGUCGCGGGCAGUCGUGCACAUGAGCGAAGAAGAGGAUGUGUGGUUUGCCCUCUCCCCGAUCCAACAGAUGUUCUUUCACCGGCAGUCCAAUGGCUUGGACCGAUUCAGCCAGAUUUUUCUGCUUCGUGUAUCACAGCCGGUCACCACGAGCCAGCUGCAACUUGCCCUCCGUGCCCUCCUGUCGAAACAUCCCAUGCUCCGCGCUCGGUUUGCGAAGCAGCAAGAUGGAAGCUGGCGCCAAGCAAUCACUUCCAAGGUUGAAGCAUCCUGCCGCUACCGUGCUCAUCGACUAGAAUCUCGGUCGAAGCUGGAGGAUAUUGUCUCAUCCAGUGCACAUUCACUCAGUAUCGAGAAGGGACCACUGACUGCGGUCGAUCUGAUUGACGUGGGGGACAGGGCGCAGUACCUCUCCGUUGUAAUCCAUCAUUUAGUGGUGGAUCUAGUCUCGUGGCGUAUCAUCCUUGCCGACCUCGAAGCUAUGCUCAAGGGAGGAAAUCCCAUGGCCAACCAUUCGAUCGCCUUUCAAACAUGGUGCCGACUGCAGGCGGAGUACAGUGAGCAAUAUCUAUCUCCCCAGCGCGCUUUUCCUGUGAGUCUCCCCGACGACUACCAUAAGGAUCCGACAGUCUUCUGGGGCCUUGUUGGACAACCCAAUCUUGUCCGCGAUAGCCAGCACCAAGCGUUCACCCUCGACGAGCACACCACCAGGCAGCUUUUGGGGGCCGCGAAUGCUGCCUUCACCACCAGGCCCGUCGAAAUUCUGCAUGCUGCUCUUCUCUACUCGUUUCUCAAAGUUUUCCCGCAUCGCACGGCACCGCUCAGUUUUAGCGAGGGUCAUGGAAGAGAGCCAUGGGACCCGGCCAUUGACCUGUCACAGACAGUUGGCUGGUUUACGACCAUGUGGCCAGUUGUAGCUGAGCUGCAGCAGAGCCAUAGUUUCCUGGAAGUUGUGCGACGCGUCAAAGAUGCUCGCCGGGCGGUUCCUUCUAACGGAUGGGCCUACUUUGCGUCUCGCUAUCUGAAUUCCCAGGGCCGGCAAGCGUUCCACCAUCCCCAUCCUGUCGAGUUAGUCUUUAACUAUGCAGGAGAGUACCAACAGUUUGAGCAAGCGGACGCGUUCUUUAUUCCAGAGAUGCCCGAGUAUCAGGGAUCACUGGAUGCAGGCGACAAUAUACAGCGGUUUGGCAUCUUCGAGGUGUUUGCCUCCGUUGUGCGAGGCCGCUUGCAGUUCCAAUUCAUGUACAACCGGUUCAUGAAGCAUCAAAGCGAGAUCCAAAAGUGGAUCGAGUCGUGUCGUCAAACGCUCAUCGAAGAAUGUAAUACUUUGAUUGCAGUCAAGACUAGCCAUACCUUGUCAGACUUUCCUCUUCUGCCAUUAACGUAUCCCACGCUCCAGGAACUCCUUGAUGUGACCCUCCCUACCGCCGGCGUGUCGAUUGAGAACGUCGAGGACAUCUACCCCUGCUCACCCAGCCAGCGCGGCAUGCUGAUCGCCCAGGCUAAAGCCGCGCACAACUACAGUGCCAGCGUGACCUGGAGGAUUCGACCACGCACCGAUCCCCGGCCAGAUGUCUCACGUCUCGAGGCCGCGUGGCGCGAAGUAGUCAAGCGGCACGCGAUCCUGCGCACUGUGUUCGUGGAUAGCCCGUGGCCAGAAUCCUACAUGGAUCAAGUUGUGUUGCAAAAUGUCUCACCAGAAGUCGUGCUCACCAAGGCCUCGGAUCCUGAGACGGUCGAGUCGACAUCCAAACCAGGGCAAACGAGGUGGUCGAAGGGGCAGUGUCAGCACACAAUGCGAGUCUGUGAGAUGGACAAUGGAGAGAUCCUCUGCCGUCUUGACUUGAGCCAUGUUAUCAUGGAUCGGACCACGCUAACCAUCAUCCAACGAGAUCUCUCACUGGCAUACGAUGAGCGUCUACCCUUAGGCCAAGCACCUUUGUACAGUGAUUAUAUCUCUUACAUCUACCGGCAGGACUCGGAGAGUGCGACACAGUACUGGCAAGGGUACCUCGAAGGUGUCGAACCAUGUGAAUUUCCAACGCUGAACCACACUAAUUCACCCAAUGCCAACGAAUGGGGCAAUCUAUACAGGACGCUCCAGGACAGAAGAAGACUGGACGAGUUCUGUCGCACACACAGUGUCACUACGUGGAAUGUGGCAGGGCUCGCUUGGGCAAUGGUGCUUCGCAGCUUUACCAGAUCCGAUAGUGUGUGCUUUGGCUAUGUGAAAUCAGGUCGCGAUCUUCCGAUUGACGGGAUUGCCGGUACUGCUGGCCCUGUCUUCAAUCCUCUUCCAUGCCGUGUGCAUCUGAGCGAGAGGUGGACAGUCAAGGAGGCCGUUGGCAAGCUUCAGGAUGAAUACCUGCAGAGCCUACCCCAUCAGUCGUUCCCUCUGUCUGAUAUUCAUCGCCUGGCCGGAGUCACAAGCGGCGUACUCUUCAACACAUCGGUUGCCGUUCAAACGGAUGUGGUGUCACAAGAAGAGGCCAAGAGGAGCCUAGAAUUCACCACGGUCGCCAUGGAGGACGGGACAGAGGAUGAUAUGGUAAUUACUCUCACUCCAAGAGACGGCGAAAUGGUGCUCCAUCUGAGGUAUAAAUCGUCCACUCUUACUACAGACCAGGCCUCAACGGUCCUUGCUACAUUUGAAAAGGCGAUGUGCUCCGUAUUAGAGAACGCUGAAGCUCGAAUGCCUUCCAUCGAUGUGUUCAGUGACCAUGACAAGGCGAUCAUUUGGACCCGGAAUAAACUGGUCCCCGAUCCAGUGGAAUCGUGCGUACAUGAGCUCAUCCAGAAGCACUGUGUCCAGCGCCCACACGCCCCUGCUGUCAAUGCUUGGGACGGAGGGUUUACGUAUGGGGAGUUGGACGGGUUGUCCUCGCGGCUUGCGGCCCAUCUAGCCGCCCAAGGCGUUGGCCCUAAUGUCGUGGUUCCUCUUUGCUUCGAAAAGACCCGGUGGACCCCGAUUGCCAUGAUGGGUGUGAUGAAAGCCGGUGGUGCUUUUCUUCUUCUAGACACCUCGUACCCGCUUCAGCACCUCAAGGAAAUCUGUGCCGAUGUCGAUUGCAGAUUGGUAGUGUCUUCCACAACGCACGAAGCGAUGAGCAUGGAACUCGCCUCCAAGGUGGUGGUCGUGGGUGAGGAUCGUCACCACUGGCCGCUUAAAUAUACACCGCAUACUAUUACCAUGCCCAAGGUUCGGCCAGGCGAUGCCCUGUAUGUCGUGUUUACAUCUGGCUCCACCGGAAAGCCCAAAGGGGUUGUCAUCGAGCAUCGGUCGUACUGCUCCGGUGCCCUAGAUCAUAUUCGAGCGUACAAUCUUACUCCCCAGUCCCGAGUCCUACAGUUCUCGUCAUACGCUUUUGAUAUUAGCAUCGUUGAACAGCUCAGUGUGCUCAUCGCUGGUGGUUGCAUCUGUGUGAUUUCGGAGUCUCAACGGAAGAACAAUCUGGGCGAAGCCACCUCUGCCCUCCAAGCGAACCACGCCAUGCUCAUUCCUUCCGUGGCUCGCUUAUUCCGACACGAGGACUUGAACACCAUCACAAGCUUAUCCCUAGCUGGAGAAUGCAUGCAGGAAACGGAUGUGUCCUACUGGGCACAACAUGUGUGUCUCAUGAAUGGGUACGGCCCAGCCGAGUGUUCCGCAUUAUCGCUCGUCCAGUCCUCCGUCCUUCAGGAUAGCGACCCGCAGAAUAUUGGGUAUCCUGUGGGAUCUGUUGCUUGGGUGGUAGACCCGCAAGACCACAACAAGUUAGUCCCGAACGGUGCUGUUGGGGAAUUGGUGAUUGAAGGCCCCAUCGUGGGACGAGGCUACAUCAACAACGCCCAAAAGACAGCGGAAGUGUUCAUCGAUCCUCCAGCUUGGCUACGUACCCUUCGCGGACACUCGAAUUCCCGUCUAUACAAGACGGGCGACCUGGUGCGGGCAACGGCCGAUGGGUCUCUCAACAUACUUGGGCGCAAGGAUCGACAGGUCAAAGUGCGUGGCCAACGCUUAGAGCUCGGGGAGGUCGAGGCCAACGUACAGCAUUGUUUCCUUGGGGCCCUGGAUGUGGUGGCAGAGGUGAUACUUCCUGCUGGGGCAAGCAAAUCGCACUUGGUCGCCAUGAUUCUGCAAAAUGCAGAGACAGCGGCGUGCAGUGCUGCAGAAAACGGCAGCAAGCUCAUCGCAGAACCAUCAGUGGAAUUCGUGAAGAGCGCAACUGCGGCAGAGAGCAGGCUUCGCCAGACGGUGCCGAAUUUCAUGGUGCCGUCCAUUUCCUUACCGCUGACCCGAAUUCCUCGAACUCAUUCAGACAAGGUUGACAGGAACCGCCUCCGGGAUGUCGUCGCUUCUAUGUCUUUAAUAGAACUACAGGCAUAUAAAGCGCCGAUUGAUGCUGGUCACGGUUCUACGCGAGCUCCAUCGACCGAGGAAGAGCGUAAGCUGGCCGAAAUCUGGGCUAACGUCCUCAAGGUUCCAGUGGACAGUAUCGGCGCCGACGAUAAUUUUCUUCUCAGCGGUGGUGACUCCAUCGAUGCUAUGAAAGCCGCCGCCUUCUGUCGCGCUGCCGGUAUGGCGUUGAGUGUCGCGGAUAUCUUUGCUCAUCCUGUAUUGUCAGAUCUGGCCAAGGUGGCUGUCCCCAAGGCUCUCGAUGACUCCUCGACCUCCCAUCAGCCAUUCUCCUUGAGCCCAGUAGACAGGCCCAAGGACUUGCACAUGGCGUUGACCAAGCAGGGUCUCAUCCCUCCCAGAUCCGCACUGGUUGAUUUACUACCGGGUACUCAAGCCCAGAAGUUUUUCAUUGACCGAGGUACCUUCCACUCCUACAACUUCUCUAUCAGCGGUCCUCUUAAUCGAGACCGGCUUCGGGAGACUUGUGAAACGAUCAUGUCUCGACACAGUAUUCUCCGCACAAAGUUCCAACAACAUCAGGGCCGCUUGAUACAGAUGGUUCUGGAGGAUUUUGAAGCCCCCUUCAGCAAUUAUACUACCGAUCGAGAUCCCCUAGAGUUCUGCAAGUCGCUCUGGCAGACAGAUCUGGCAGCGUUAGAUGUAAUGGGGAGACUACCUGUCAAGUUCACUCUCGUAUCCCGCUCAAAGGAGGAGCAUGUUUUUACGAUCCAAAUCUCCCAUGCACAAUGGGAUGGCGUAUCUAUUCCACGUCUUUUCGGUGAUAUUGCCGCCAUAUACAACCAGACCCCGCUGCCACCGACCACCGGCUUUGCUGACUACAUUUACUAUCGUACCUCGCAAGACCAGAGUCCCUCGUUUCAAUUCUGGAGAGAAUACCUCCAAGGUUCAUCCAUGCCCGUUCAAUUCCGCCCAACGCGCUGCGAGGACGCAGACCACAAGACUCAGUGGACCUUCCAGAGCAUGAAGACCCCCAGUCUACCCGCGGGCAUCACAAUGGCCUCCCUCGUCAAGGCUGCGUGCGCAUUCCACCUAUGUCAGCUCCUAUCCCAAAACGACGUUGUCUUUGGGCACACCGUGAACGGCCGGAACCUGGCUCUCGACAAUAUCGAAGCGCUACUGGGAUGCUGCCUCAACUUCAUACCGUUGCGGAUAACCCUGCAGCCCUCGUGGACCGUCCUGGAUCUGCUCUCCCACGUGCAGGAGCAGUACACCCGAGCGCUGCCGCACGAACACCUUGAGCUCCAAGAUAUCUUCAAGAAUUCCACCUCCUGGCCCGCGGAUACCCAGCUCAGCUUCAUUGUCCAACAUCAGAAUAUCGAGCUGAGCCACAACAUCCCCUUGGACGGUCUCCAGGUGCGCUACUCCAAGUUCGCGCAGUUCGAACCCUUACAGGAAGUUUGGGUCUUUUCCGAACCUCACCCGGACAGACUGGAGAUCCAAGUAUGCGCAAACACCCGGGUCUUAUCCGAGGUCCGGGCAAAAGCUUUGUGUGCACGGCUCUGCGACUUGAUUGAGCGCUUCUCGGCUUCGCCAGAGUGCCAGCUGACUGAAUUAUUCGAUGAUAUGAUAUCAGCCUAG